GACAAUUCGCAUUGCUAAAACAAAAUGGCCGUCUCUGAUGGAGAAAGGUGUGUCGCUGUCGCGUAAUAUUUUGCGACUUGCAGCGAGGAAUAUCAUUGAACUUCAGUGAAAAGUUUUGGUGUUUUAUUACUACUGCGCCGCCGGCUGCCGUGCGACCGCCGCGUGGCAGGGCUUCGCCCUUCGCGUCGCGCGCGUUUGGAGCCCUCGCUCCUUCCGACCCUCGGUCGGAAUCCUCAAGGAUGUCAAGCUCCCGGCGCAACGGAUCGGUGUCACGCGCCGCGGAGGCCGCCUCCAAGAACCGACUGCACAUGGACCGCAAUCCGCAGCACUCCAGGAUAACUGAUCCAUCGAAUCCGGCCGGACGCCGCAAGGAGAUAGAUAACGUGAUGAAAAGAGCACGCCAGGCGUCGCCAGGCAGCUGGGAUCGCAAGCUGCUGCAGGUGGAGGAGAAGGAUCCUAACAGAUGGCGCCACACGGGCUACAAGCAGAUGUACUUGGACGGCUCACGGUCCCCCUCCCCGCGCCGCUCCCGUUCCCCCGCCAGGCGCUCCAGGUACUCACGGACCUUAUGACGAAAUUACUUUCUCCAUAGAAACGUAGACCCCGUUUUCCUCUCU